AUGGAGGGCUUCGACACCAUUACGAUGUCCUACUUGGCGCCCCAAAUGUCACUCAACCACGUAACAUCACCAGACCCUCUCAGCAUGCCGAUGCUGCCCCUGGAUGGCUUAGAACACCAUUCUAAUUACGAUGCCGAAACCUACGUAGGAAGUGAAGACGCUACAUUUGCGCAGCACGGCUUCCAACAGCAACAGCCUUUACAGCGCAUGCCCGGCGGCUAUGAAGACCCUUUCUCCGACGCCCUCAGUGGCUACGACCAGCAGCCGCAGCCGGAGCACAAUGGUGCUACGGAAACAUCGUCUAUCGAUAGCAACCACAAGCUCCUAAGCUUCUCUCUACCGGUCUACAACUAUCAACUGCUCGACUACCAAUUGCGCCGAACCUCCAUUUCUCUCUCCGCUCAGCUACAUGGCAUGUUCUUCCUGGCAGAGUCGCCAUGGGCGACUGUCGGCGACGCUGCAGGACCCCCGUCUGAGCUAACCUGCUACCGGAGGAACCUCUUCCAGAUCACAGGACAGAUAACACUGCCACGCACACUUCACAGCAUAUACACGGACAAGAAUGAGCAGAUUCCAAUAAUAGCGCAGGAGCUCUCAAUCUCCGCAACAGAGUCGGUAGAAGGCAACUCAGUCAAGAUCAUUUCGGUCCCGUGGAAGACACCUGCGAAUGGCGCCCAAGUCGUGGAGGACAAGAGUGAGAAAGAGCCACCUUCGAUACCCCUCGAACUUAGCAAUGGUCAAGAGAUGGAUUCAGAGUUUGUAAAUUUUCCAAUCGCCUGGAAAAGAUUACAGUUCAGGAUUGCCACGGCAAACAACGGACGGCGGAAAGAGCUCCAGCAACACUUUGUCGUCAGGAUCAAGUUGAUGGCCACGCUGCAUACUGGGCAGAAGAUACCAGUCGCAGAGGUCCACUCCGGUGCGAUUAUUGUACGAGGGCGCAGUCCAAGAAACUUCCAGUCGCGGAAAGACUUUCCCAUCAGCGCCGGAGGCAGCACCGCACGUAAAUCUUCUCACAUGCCGAAUCAAGUCACCCGACAUUCCUCAGGAGACUCGACACAGACUGCGAACAACUUCCGGGCAGAACGGCAGGAAUCGAAGUCGUCUCGGCCGGAUGUUCCGCCAAUACCGUUCCAGUAUGACACAAAUGAUCUGCAGAUGUCCCAACAGGACUUCUUUGACUGGAAAAUGCCGACUCAGCCAGGCGCAAUGACAGCGAUACCAGAGCCCAUCAACCUCGGACAGAAUGGCGGCCAGGCAUAUGCCCAAUCAACUCCAGAUCUUGGAAGAAACGCGCCUCCUUCUCGUGCACCGCAGGCUCCAAUAACGCUAUCUCUGACCGAAGACGAGCCGAAGCAAUCGCCAACACAGUCGGACGGUGGCGUCAGGAAGGCAGUCAAAAUGACACCAAGGCGAGCGCAUUCAUUCUCGCUCAACCUAAUCAGUAGCCCAGACGAGAGUGCUGAUCUGCUUUACGAAUAUUUCCCGCUAGGUCUGGAUGAUUGGAUGCCACCGGUUGAUGCAGUUUAUCGUCCACAUGUGGUGCAUCACACAAACCUCCCCCAGGACCCGAAGGCCAUUGCCGUGAAAAAUCGUUCAAAACGUUACUUUGCGGAAACCGAAGCGUGA